AUGCAAUACUUUAAGCCAUAUCCGAGACCAUUAGCUUUAGUUCCCCUCUCACCAACGCUUCCAAACUUGCCAAGAAGUGGCCUAUUCCUACGACUUCAGCUCAGAGACAUCAUCACAUGGGUCCGUACCCCAAGCAUUUAUAACUCUGAGAAUACUAUUUGCCCAAUUACGAAGGUGAAAUUCAUCAAUCUUUCCGUUCAUCUAAAACUUGAUGAUGAUGAUAAUGAUGAUGAUGAUGAUGAUGAUGUUGGGCCUCCUGUUUGGUCUAAGCCUCUCCUAUUGGAAAGAAAUGAACUACAGAUGGAUCAUGAAGAUUACCCCCACGCGAUUCACGUAAACCCUUCUCUCUCUGCAAGAACCACCUUACAAUCAGUUAUACACACACAGAACCUGGAUAGAGAGGCGUUAAUGGCCUCCAUACUCCAUGCCCCAUUAACCACCCCUUCGAAACUCAACCUUUCAUGGCGGCGCACCUUAGCAUCCGACUCCCUUGCCUCCACUUCCUCCCACUUCCUGUCUUCUUUGUCUGCCACUACAAGUAAAGGCAGGGGUAAUGUGGUGAUGAUGCCUAUAAUAAGGUGUAAUGCUCAGGCGGCACCAGGGGCCGUCAAUUUGGCGCCAGGGACGCCGGUGAGGCCUACGAGCAUACUUGUAGUGGGUGCAACGGGAACAUUGGGAAGGCAGAUUGUGAGGAGGGCAUUAGACGAGGGCUACGAUGUUCGGUGCCUUGUCCGCCCCAGACCUGCCCCUGCUGAUUUUCUUCGUGAUUGGGGCGCCACUGUUGUCAAUGCAGACUUGAGUAAACCUGAAACCAUACCAGCAACGUUGGUUGGAAUCCACACUGUCAUUGACUGUGCUACAGGACGCCCUGAGGAGCCGAUUAAAACCGUAGAUUGGGAAGGAAAGGUUGCUCUUAUACAAUGUGCAAAGGCCAUGGGUAUCCAAAAAUUUGUCUUUUUUUCCAUUCAUAACUGCGACAAGCAUCCUGAAGUUCCGCUCAUGGAGAUCAAGAACUGUACUGAAAAGUUUCUUAGGGAUUCAGGACAGAACCACAUCAUUAUUCGUCUUUGUGGUUUCAUGCAGGGCCUGAUUGGACAGUAUGCAGUACCUAUAUUGGAAGAGAAAUCUGUUUGGGGUACUGAUGCUCCUACUCGAAUAGCAUACAUGGAUACCCAAGACAUUGCUCGAUUAACAUUUAUAGCUCUACGCAAUGAGAAUAUCAAUGGGAAGCUUCUGACUUUUGCCGGGCCUCGUGCAUGGACAACCCAAGAGGUGAUUACAUUGUGUGAGAGGCUGGCUGGUCAAGAUGCAAAUGUGACCACUGUGCCCGUCUCAGUUUUGAGAUUGACACGCCAGCUGACUCGCUUGUUUGAGUGGACUAGUGAUGUUGCUGAUAGAUUGGCAUUCUCAGAGGUUCUUACUAGCGAUACCGUUUUCUCGGUCCCUAUGAACGAGACUUACAACCUUCUUGGUGUGGAUGCAAAAGAUAUCGUUUCCUUAGAGAAAUAUCUGCAGGAUUAUUUCACCAAUAUAUUGAAGAAGUUGAAGGAUCUCAAAGCACAAUCAAAGCAAACUGACAUUUUCUUUUGA